GGCCAGGAUCGCCCCUGGACUGUCUAUCAAGAGUCAAGACAUUCGUGGUGAGAAAAUGUAGAAUACAAGGCCAGGGGGGGAGAUGUGGUAUUUCUGAGCACUUAAUCCACUGUUCCACAGUUCCACUCCCGCGUUUCUUUGCUGAGCCGCGAGUCCCCCCUCAAUCCCUCUCAUUUGCCGCGCAGCAUCUCCGCUCUGCUCCACACGCAAUGCUUUAGAUGGAUGGUUGCCAUGGUUUCCAUUGGUCACAUGCACGCGGCUACCUCCCUUUUGAUUGACAGGCGGCUGCGGAGGACGCAGCACUUUGUAUGUUCAGUGGUAUUCGAUCUGCGCCUGGUGUGAGCUGGGGGGCCGUUGACCCGGGAGAAGUGACAAGGACUACACAGCAGCUUCGCCAUCUCCCCCGGAAACGAUAGGGUUUCGCAGUGCAGCCUGCGCGUGCCUCUAAUACCAUUAUUGCAGCCGACUGCGACGUCUCUGCUAGUGAGGAACAGGCUGGCCGGACAAAGCCAAAGGAGGGUGAUCAAUCGCCAUCGCCGCGAUUAAAAAGAAAUCGUUUAAAGCACUGUCCCACCUGCAUGUUUGUACUGUUGGGUCUGGAUCGUGUGCCUCAGACUUACCGCUGUGUCUCCAGCACCAAGCUGCCCAAAGACCACUGACGCAUCCCCCCCUUGUUAUCGUGUAUCAGUGGACUCGCUCAACUUUCCUUUCACUUAUGUAAAGGCCGACACCUGUCCGACACCUGCUUGAAUGUUAAAGAUGGCCCUCCCGGCCCGGAUGUGCUGCGGCUGCUCUUCUCCUGUCAGUAGCCCUGCAUGAUGCCCUAUGAAUGCUAGCCUGACUCCCUACAGCAGCCCUGACUCCCUGCAACUGCGUGUCUAGUGGCACCAAAUACGUCUCUCCCACUGACAUACGCACCUGGCUGUGUACUGACUCCAGCUUCUGGCACCGCCACCCCAGGAAUGAAUAUAGAAAUCCCGGAGGGGCUGACGGAGCUACUGCAGAGCUUUACCGUGGAGGUGCUAAGGGAGCAGCCAGAGGACCUGCUGGAAUUCGCCUUGCAGUACUUCACUCAGCUCAAGCAGUCUCAGAGUCAGGGCGCCCCCCUCAGCCAUGGCAUGGAAUUACCCUUCAGACUCACUAAAGGGGUCAAUUUCGCCGAGGAGCCCAUGCGGACUGACUCUGAAAACGGCGAGGAGGAGGAAGAGGAUGACGACGAAGAGGACUUUGUGGCUCCGGUGAUAAACAGAUUUUCAAGAAGAGCAUCGGUGUGUGCAGAAGCCUACAAUCCAGAUGAAGAAGAUGAUGACACUGAAACAAAGAUUAUAUAUCCAAAAACAGAUGUCCAGCGGAAUCGACUACAAGAAGCUUGCAAAGAUAUUCUUUUGUUUAAGAGUUUAGAUCAAGAACAGAUGUCUCAGGUAUUAGAUGCAAUGUUUGAAAAACUCGUCCAGUGUGGAGAACAUGUAAUUGAUCAGGACGAUGAUGGUGACAACUUUUAUGUAAUUGACAGGGGAACCUAUGAUAUUUUUGUAAAAUCAGAAGGAGUGGCAAGGUGUGUUGGUGCCUAUGAUAACCGUGGAAGUUUUGGAGAACUGGCAUUAAUGUACAACACGCCUAGAGCUGCUACAAUUGUUGCUACAUCUGCUGGAGCUGUAUGGGGUUUGGAUAGGGCAACUUUCCGAAGAAUAAUUGUAAAAAACAAUGCCAAAAAGAAAAGGAUGUAUGAAAAUUUCAUAGAAUCAUUGCCAUUCCUGAAGUCAUUAGAAUUUUCAGAACGUUUGAAAGUGGUUGAUGUCAUUGACACUAAAACGUACUACGAUGAAGAACAAAUCAUUGCUCAGGGUGAUGGAGCAGACAGUUUUUUCAUUGUUGAAUCUGGAGAAGUUAGAAUAACUAUGAAAAGAAAGAGCAAGUCCGAUGCUGAAACAAAUGAAGCUGUUGAGAUUGCACGCUAUACCAGAGGACAGUAUUUUGGAGAGCUAGCCUUAGUAACCAACAAACCUAGAGCUGCUUCAGCCUAUGCUAUAGGAAACGUCAAAUGCUUAGUCAUGGAUGUGCAGGCUUUUGAAAGACUCCUGGGACCAUGCAUGGAAAUAAUGAAAAGAAACAUUGCAAACUAUGAAGAACAGCUUGUUGCCCUGUUUGGAACAAACAUGGACAUUACCGAUCCCAGUACAUGAAUGGUGAACACAGAAAAGAUGGUUGAGGAUGAACAUGAGCACAGAAGUGGUCAGACCAGUAAAGAUGUGUUGAUCUUUUAUACAAAUGCUAAGCAUUUUAUGUGAUUUUUUUUAUAAGCCCCUUAAGCCAAGUUUCAAAUUCAGCCAUGAGGAAAAGAUUAUUAGAGAAAUUAGUUUUUGUGUUUGUCUACUAGCCAGUUAGGAUCCUUCCAUCUAAAUUAUUUCAGGGAUAGGCACACAACUUUUGCAGAAUUUCAACAGUGCUUCUGUGUGUUAUAGUAUGGAAUAUCAGUAGCACAAGUGAUUGCCCAUCCACACAAUAUAUAACUUUUGUAUUAAGACAUGAAUGUUAUUGGCUAAAACUCCUCUGGAAGUGCAACUGCAGAAUUCAAAUGAAAUACUAGAUAAUAUAUUUAAAACCUGUAGGCUUUAUUAGAUAAUCUUAUAAAGGUUUUUUUUUACUUUCAGAUGGUUCACACAGUCAGAAAAUUCAAAUGUUAGAGUUACCUCUGUAUAUUAAUGCAGUUGCUUGGCAGUGCUGUAAAAAAAUUGUAUAAAUGUCCGUUGUACAUUCAUUUCAAAUUACUAGAAUGGGUUUUACCAUAAAAACUGGUGGACACAUAUUAUUUUUAACGUUAAUUGUGUGGCGAAUUUUGAAGACUGAUGCUUCCUGUAAUAAUACAUCCUGGUGUAAAUGAUUCUAAAAUGUGUAUGGGAUAUAUUAUAUGGAAUGCUUUUCCAAUUUGCUCUGCAAAACUGCAAUAGCAGUGUGUAAAAAAAAUUAUAUAUAUCUGUGGAAAUAAGUCAAAUCAACUGGACUUGCUGUGUUUUUUUUUUUCUUGAAGACGUUUCACCUGUCAUUCGAAUUGGCUUUCUCAAAUCAGAAUUCUGAAUUUCCACAGAUAUACUAUGACCUAAAUGAAUGAUAAUCUUCACAAAAAAAAAAAAAAGUUCUUAAUUUUUGACUGAUUUACCUUUAUUGUCAUAUAAUAAGACAGCACCUUGUACUCAAUGCUAACUAAGCUUCCAAGAAUAUAUGUUGAUAGCAAAAAAUCUUAUUUUAUCCAAUGAGUUUGUUUUGUUUCAGAGUCCUUAAGGUGCGGUGCUCCAAAUUAUGCCAUGAACCUUAAUAUAGAGAACCUGAUUUACUUACUGCUUUAUUGCUGUAGCAGGGUGCAUCAUAGUAACAGUUGAAGUUGAAAAAAAAUACUCCUCCAUAAAGUCUGCCUAAAACUACUAGCUAUCUAUAUAGCUUCAUUUAUUUAUUUUAACUAAUGUACCCACAUGGAAAAGAUAGUUUAAUUGUUUAAUUGUUCCAUUGGAAUUUGGUUAUAGAAUACGAGCAUUCUUAUUUAGAAGAAUAAGUAUAUGGUAUAUUUUCAUCAUCCAAAGCAGUGUGCAUGCAGUAAAAACAAAAAGAAUGCGGAAAAGUGAUCCACAGAAAUGUCACCCUUUCCUGCACCUACAGACGUGCUAGCAAGGACUUACUUUUACCAUCAUUAACGUUACACAGUAAGAUCUUAAAAAAAAUCAUAAUUCCCAUUAUUAGAGAUGUGACACCACAUUUUGUGUGACCCCAUAUAAAGAAUAAGACAGUAAACCUACUUAACAUGCAUCCAAUGAA